CAUUUGCAAAGUGCUAGGUGCUCAGAGUAAGCUGCCUUCCAGGAAGUGGAUGGAGCUAACUCUUAGGGCUGUUGCAGCUUAUGACAUCAGCUGUGAUGUCAUAGUGCAGAGCCAGGCAGGGAGCAGUAGCAGGAGAGAGGGAGGUUAGGAAUCGGUGGAGUCUACGAGCCUUGGAUUGGGUGGGAGAUUUACGGUGGGGAUAUAUUCCCCAUUGACUGAUUCAGUCGCAGGUUUUGGAGAGGCGUCGAUCAGAGGAGUCCGUCGUGGUGCAACUCCAGGGCCUCUGCCUUUGCCUCUUAUCUCCACUCCUAGCAUCCCCAUUUCUCCUGGAAGGAAGGUGGCCAAUGCCACAUCACUGAGGCAUCGGCAUGCUGAGGAUAGCCAAAUCCAGGGACGUCCUUGGAGUGGAGCAAGAGGCACCCCCGGCACCCCGACUCAUCAGGGUGACGGUGAAGACCCCCCGGCAAAUGGAGCCGUUCGUGGUACCCAUGGACAAAGGCGUUAAGGAGUUUAAGGAAGAAGUCGCGGCCCGCUUCUCUUCUCCCCCCGGCCGGCUCGUACUCAUAUUCGUCGGCCGGAUUUUAAAGGAUCACAAGACCCUGAGUGAGCACAGCAUCCACGAGGACGCCACCGUCUACCUGGUCAUCCUGUCCCGGGGCAGACGCCUGGAUCAGCCCGGGCAUGAGACCGUCUCCUCCUGGCACGUGCCUGCUGUUCUUCCAGCCCAAAGCAGCCCCCCGUCCAGGCCCAGCUCGGUGGGCAGCACAGCCGUCAGCACAGACAGCCUGCAGCAUCUCAUCAGCGACCUCGGCUUGCACACGGCCAACUUCUCCGACUUCCAGAGCCAGCUCCGGGCCCACCCCGAAAUGAUGCUCCGGCUCCUGCAGGACCCCUUCAUUCAGAGCAGGCUUUCCCAGCCUGAUCUCAUGAUGGAGCUGGUCACGGACGAUGCCCUGAAGGAGGAAGUGAUGAGGAGGAUCCCGGCGCUCGCCCGCUUCCCGAACAUGCCGGAGCUGCUGCGGCUCGCGCUGGAGCUGUCUCGGCGUCCGGCCGCGGUGUGGGAAAUCAUGCAAAGCCCCAGCUCGGCCUUGAGCUACGUGGCGAGCAUCCUGAGCAGGGAGAAGGCAGAGCCGAGCAUCUGCUCUGAGGAUCAGGGAGCUGCAUGGAAAGCAGCCCCCAAGCAGCUGGCUUUGGGAGCUGGCCAAGGAGGCCUGGCCCUCAACAGAAGCAACCUGAGUGCCGAAAUCAGGCACCUUUUCUCCCAACGAACUGCAGCGUCAAUAAAGCCGUUCCAGCCCCUCCAGGGGAAUAAGGGGGUUCCUGGAUCUCACCAGGACGGCAGCUGCAUGAGCCUCGGUGGUGAUGUGAGCAGCAGCAUGGGGCAGAGAUGCAGCAUCCCGGACCUGGGACCCACAUCCACAGCGGCAAAAAGCCUCCUCCAGCAGCUCGUGAAGCAGCUCAUGAAGCACCUUCUGUCUGGCCCAUGCACGAGGCGCACCAGGCAGAUGCUCCCCCCUGACUUGGAGAGGAAGGGGCUCCAAAAGGCCUCUGGGGAGCCUCAGGUUCGAGAGCAGCCGCUCUCAGCUGCCUUCUUGCAGCAAACGUGCAACCUGGAGAGGCCGGGAGCUGUGCCGAAUGCAAGAGAUGUGCAGAUGCUGGCCCGGAUUGAGCAGAGUUUGCAGAUGCUUGCAUAUGCUUGCAGGUCUCCCACUGUGGGGUACGCCUCCCGUGGAGGGGCUGAGGAGCACUGGGGCAGCUCCCAAUGAACGUGCCCACAGAAGCCAGCAGCUCCUGGUUCAACAGAUGCUGAUUUUGGUGAAGACUGGCCCCCGCGAGUGCCUGCAGCAUCUCUGCCCAACAGCUGGAGCUUGCUGCCUGCAAAGGGCUUCCUGAAUGCCAGUCAGCUGUGAUGGAGACUGCCUGGAUAUCUCCCCUGAUCUCUAUGGGAGCUAUGAUUAAAAGCCUAUUUUGUUCCCAAUCCUCCCAGCCUCUGUGUUGUGACUUGCAAAGAAAAGGAAUGAGUUCAGGUUUGGUUUCGGGGUUGGUUUUUUUUCUAAAUCCUUCACUUGCUUGCUUUAUUUCCGGUCUGGUUUCUCUGUGGUCCUUCCUUAGGCCAGAGUGAGAUUCCCGCGAUGGGCAGCAAAGCUCUUUAUUUCCCACUGAUGCAUUCAAUCCGUGGUCAGCAAAG